CGUGACACGUAUGCGGCGUAGAGUUUUCAGCCGACCGGAAGUUCUUGUUGCAGUGGUUGUGACAGGAGAUCGGAAGUCCUCAUAUUGGUAUCUUUGUUAUCAUGGAGCGUCCUCCAAUCCAGCAGGGAACAGUCUGCGGGCCAUGGGACAUGAAAGACCGGCUCGGCACCGGAGGCUUUGGGAAUGUCUGUUUGUACCAGAACCGGGACACUGGAGAUUUAAUAGCUAUCAAAUCCUGCCGCUUGGAACUUAGUUCAAAGAACAAGGAGAGAUGGUGUCAGGAGAUUCAGAUAAUGAAAAGGUUGAAUCAUCCUAAUGUUGUAAAGGCAUGUGAAGUGCCACCUGAGAUGGACAUUAUGGUGAAUUCAGUGCCACACUUGGCAAUGGAGUACUGUUCUGGAGGAGACUUGCGUAAGCUUUUGAACAAGCCAGAAAACUGCUGUGGUUUGAAGGAAAGUCAAGUGCUCAAUAUAUUAAGUGACAUUGGUUCUGGAAUUCAGUAUCUACAUGAAAAUCGUAUUAUACACAGAGACUUAAAACCAGAAAAUAUUGUGCUGCAAGAGUGUAAUGGAAAGACUGUGCACAAAAUAAUAGAUUUAGGAUAUGCCAAGGAUCUUGAUCAGGGAAGCCUCUGUACCUCUUUUGUAGGAACUCUACAAUAUCUGGCUCCUGAGCUUUUUGAGAACAAGCCAUACACUGUGACUGUUGAUUAUUGGAGCUUUGGUACCAUGAUUUUUGAAUGUAUAGCUGGCUUCAGACCAUUCCUACAUAACAUGCAGCCUUUUACUUGGCAUGAGAGGAUCAAGAAGAAGGACCCUAAACACAUUUAUGCUUAUGAAGAGAUGUCAGGGGAAAUUAGAUUCAGCACACACUUACCACAGCCCAAUAAUUUGUGCAGCAUCAUGGUAGAUCAGUUGGAAACAUGGCUACAGCUGGUUCUGAACUGGGACCCCCAACAGCGCGGUGGUGGUAUGAAUAAUCACACUGGCCGCCCACAGUGUUUUGUGGUAAUGGACUAUAUUCUAAAUCUAAAGAUUGUCCACAUUUUGAACAUGACAUCUGCCAAGAUUUUGUCCUUCCUUCUGCAACCAGAUGAAAGUCUGCACUCUUUACAGUCUCACGUUGAAGGAGAAACUGGAAUAACCACAUGCAACCAAGAAUUGCUACUUGAGAUGGGAUUAUCUCUAGAUCCCAGGAAGCCUGCUUCCCAAUGUGUGAUAGACGGAGUGAGAGGAUGGGACAGCUACAUGGUAUAUUUGUUUGACAAAAGUAAAACUGCUUAUGAAGGACCCUUUCAACCACGGCACCUAUCGGAAUGUGUAAAUUAUAUUGUGCAGGAUAGCAAAGCUCAGCUUCCCAUACUCCAGCUUCGUAAGGUGUGGGCAGAGGCUGUCCAUUAUGUGUCUGGCUUAAAAGAGGACUACAGCCGCCUGUUUCAAGGCCAAAGAGCAGCAAUGUUAAGUUUACUGCGGUACAAUACCAAUCUGACGAAGAUGAAAAAUACUAUGGUGUCUGCCUCCCAGCAGUUAGAUGCCAAGCUGCAGUUCUUCAAAAAAAGCAUCGACAUUGACCUGGAACGCUACAGUGAUCAGAUGGCCUAUGGAAUCUCAUCUGAAAAGAUGUUGAGAGCCUGGAAAGAGAUGGAAGAUCGAGCAGUUGGUUGUGCAAAGGCUGGAGAAAUCUCCUUCCUAGAUGACCAAAUAAUGGGCCUUCACACAGAGAUUGUUGAACUCCAGCGGAGUCCAUAUGCUCGCAGACAGGGCGAUGUCAUGGAGCACUUGGAACAAAAGGCUAUAGAAUUAUACAAGCAAUUGAAGCCACGGGCCCCAGAUAAUGCCUACAGUGAUAGUACAGAGAUGGUUAAAACAAUUGUACUUACGGUUCAGGGCCAGGAUAAAGUUCUGAAGGAGCUUUUUGGACAUUUAAGUCGACUUCUAGGCUGUAAGCAGAAAAUUAUUGAUUUACUGCCUCAAAUUGAGAUGACUGUGAAUAACAUAAAGGAAGCAGACAAUUCGCUGAUGCAGAUGCAGGCCAAACGGCAGAGAGAGAUCUGGCACCUACUGAAAAUAGCUUGUACACAGAGCUCUGCGCGCUCUCUGGGACCUUCCAGUUUAGAAACAUCCAGUACUCCUCGUACGUCAGGCUGGUCAGACCCAAAUUCCCCACAGGCACUUUCAUCUAUGCUGAUCUCAAAAGACAAGAACAAAGAGACCUUUAAACGCGCCAUAGAUGAAAACCUGUUUUAUCAGAAGCAGCUCAGCACUUUGAUCAUGGAAAGCACAAUGGAACAAGAAAGAAGCUUAAUUAGCAUGGACUGGAGCUGGUUGCAGCAGCAAUGAAGACAUUCCACAGUCUACACAUUUCCUCAAAGCAUGACAGUAAUAGAUUUUAUUUUGAAUGCAAAACAAUAUUGGUUUUGCAAGUAGCCGGUUUGUCAACAGUGCCUUCCUUCUUGAUGUUCUCUCCGUACCACAAUGUGUAGUUCAAUAGUACUGUGGAAGGAGAAAAACCUAGUAGUUACUAAAUUUUAUUUACUUCUUUAAAUCAAAUUUUAGUUGCAAGAUGUAACUCCAGUUUCUAGUAUUUCAAUUUUAUGAAAGAUUGCUUUUACAAAUGCAAUACUCCUACUUCCUCUGAGAGGAAAAUAUUCACCCGACAUUGUAAAUUAACCCUUGAAAUUCAGCUUGUAUAAAUUUGCUUUUCUCAAAUGUGUAUGAUUUUCACUUGUAAAAAAAUCUCUUUUGUUAUGAAUGUAUCUUCAUUUCAAAGAUGUUAUGGCUCCUUCGCUCUUUUGGUGCAUUUUUUAUUCUUUUUAUAUCAAACUAGCAGGACCCGGCUUUGCACGAGUAUAUUUAAUCUAUUUCAUUUAAUAUUUGUGUCUUGUUAAAAGAUAGACAGUAUCCACUA